AUGUACGAAAAUUCUGAUGGAUUUGCUGUUAAUCUUGAAGAACAAUCUCGAUCGUUUUCUCGUGUGAAUAGUGUUAUUCUGUCUCAACAAGCAAGUCGAUUUUGGUUACCAUUUGAUGUUAAAGUUUUUGAAAAACUUACACCAAGAGAAUAUUUGGAAAAAUUUUGUAAAGUAAAUAAUCGUCGACAUGUAUUGUACAAACGUACUUUUGACAAACAUAAAGAUAAUGAAGGAGAAUUACCUUUUAAGUUCCUUGAAGAAGCAUUAGCUGAUGCAUAUAUGCAUACAAUUGAUAUGACUUAUAUUACACAAGUUAUUGGUUUACUUGAUUUACCAUCAAAUACAAAAAUAACUUUUUCAGAAUUUGUAGGCAUUGCUGCAUUUUCUGAAAGAUUUUUUUUUAAUAUUUUUACUCGACAAGAUAAUACUGAACCACAAUUACAAAAAGAAGUUUUAGAAAAACUUGAUUUUUCUUCAUUAAAUUGGAAAUUAGCUGGUGUUAAUAUUUCACCAUCGUUACGAACAAUUCUACGACAAAUUUAA